CCUGCAGAAGACGGAGGAUACCCAGAGAUGAGCAUCCUUCUGAUAGAGGCCUUCUAUGGAGGCUCCCACAAGCAGCUGAUGGACCUCUUGAAGGGUGAAGUUGACGGCUGUGUUCUCUAUAGUCUCCCUGCUAAGAAGUGGCAUUGGAGGGCGCGCACCUCUGCCCUGUACUUCAUGCAAGCUGUUCCACCCAACGACACUUACAGGGUCCUCUUCACAAGCUCUGUGCUAAACCUGGCUGAACUUGUAGCCCUUCGGCCCGAUCUGGCGAAGUUGAAGAAGGUUCUGUACUUUCAUGAAAACCAGUUGGUCUACCCUGUGAGAAAAAAUCAAGAAAGAGACUUCCAGUAUGGCUAUAACCAAAUCCUUUCAUGUCUAGUUGCUGACAUCAUGGUGUUUAACUCUGCUUUCAACAUGGAGUCUUUCCUAACCUCCAUCGGCACUUUCCUGAAGAUGAUACCAGACCAUCGACCGCGAGAUCUGGAGCGGCUUAUUAGACCCAAAUGUCGUGUCAUUCACUUUCCAGUCCAGUUCCCUGAUGUCAGCCGGUUCUUGCCCGAACACAAGAGGCUUUUACAACAGAACCGCUCCUACUCCUUAAAGAGCUCAGAAGCCUCCUUUAAAUCAUCAGAUGAGCUGCAAAAGUCCACCACAGAGCCUUCACAUCUGCCCAAACUGAGUUUAUCAGAACAAGACCCGAUCCCACAAUCCACAGAAUUAAUUUCCACUUCUCUGAGAGAAGAUACUUCAGAAAAUGUAAAUCUUGUGAUGUCAGAGCCAUCCUCCUCAACUUUACGUGCCGAUUCCCAGAGGCCUUUGCAUAUUGUCUGGCCUCACAGAUGGGAGCAUGAUAAAGACCCGGAGACCUUCUUUAAAGUCCUGAGGAAACUUAAAGAGAUGGAGCUGCCUUUCUCGGUGUCGGUGCUCGGGGAAAUGUUUACUGAUGUUCCAGAGAUCUUUUCCAAAGCCAAAGCAUUCUUGGGGUCGGCAGUUUUACACUGGGGUUUUCUACCCAGCAAGGAUGAUUACUUUCAAGUUCUCUGUCAGGCCGAUGUUGUCAUUUCAACAGCCAAGCACGAAUUCUUUGGCGUGGCGAUGUUAGAAGCCGUUCACUGUGGCUGUUACCCCCUGUGCCCGAAGUCUUUGGUAUACCCCGAGAUCUUCCCAGCGGAAUAUCUGUAUUCGACACCUGAACAGCUCUCAAAAAGGCUACAGAAUUUCUGCAAAAGGCCCCAUCUCGUACGGAGCCAUCGGUUUCAGGGCGAGACGGUGCCGUAUUCCUGGGCAGCACUGAACAGUGAAUUCAGGUCUCUCCUCUCAGCACAACCCAGCGAAGAUUUGUGACAGAUGGGGCUAAGUCACAAACUUGCAGCCUCAGGCGGAAUUUGUCGAACUUUUUCAGAACGUUCCAGUAUUUACCUGAUCAGAGAAAAAGAGAGAAAAAAAAUCUGCGUAGGAAGCAAAGACUGGCUGCUUGUCAUAGCUGACACAGGGCCAUCUGCCACAAACCUGUGGCAGAUCGAUCCCAUCAUCUCUGCCACCACCCUGGCUCAAAUGAUAUAUACGUUCCCAGGGAGGUUGAGAUAGCUGCACAUGUCCUCUGCCUCACAUGCAGGAGAGCGAAG